GUGGACUGUGACGAGUUGUCGCUGGUGAAGCGCGAGUGUCAUCGAUUGUUCGUACUCGAGACGCACUCGCGAGUGUCGCUUCGAGGAUUUCUCUCGUUUUGACAAGUGCAGGCCGAAACAGGUAUCGGUUAAAUUUUUUUUCCGUUCUCCGCGCCUUAGUGAGCUGCUCGCGAGUCGAGAUCUGGACCUCGAGACGGUGCUCGUGAAAGACAGAAAAGAAGGACUCGCAGUGUCUUCCGACCGAAAAGUGGACAGCGAUCGUGCCUACCGCCGGCGCGGACUAUAACGGGUGAACUGUCGGUCGUCGCAUCUGCCGUGACGGUGGCGUCUUCGCCGGAGGCCUGCAUACAGAGGCAGGAGCGGGACGACCCGGCGGCGGCGGCGACGAAGGCGGAAGGGCCGGCCCUGAGCUACCGGCAUGCCUUCAUGGACCUGAGCGUGCCCAAGCGGGCAGCGACUCCCCCCGGCUCUUCGGCGACCCCUCAGCGUCCACUGCCGGUGCCGGCCAUGGUGCACCACGUUCCCGGAUCUCCGCCCGCUUUCUCGGCCACGGACACGGCGCCGGCCGCUAUCCCCGGAGGCGGCGGAGGCAGCGCGGCAGCUGCUGCAGUAGCCGCUGCGGCGGCCCUGGGUCCCGUCUACCUGGCAUCUUCUCGCCUGGGCGGCGGCGGAAGCGAGGCCGCCAUGGCCGCGGGUCGCGUGCUUCCCGACCUGACGCCGUACUCGCUCAGACCGUACGACUUCGCCCGGCACCUGUUGUCCUCGCAGAGCGCCGUCAGCAAGCUGCUCGCGUGCACGGCUGGCGUGAAUGCCGGACGCUACUACGAGGGCGGCUCGUUGCGGCCGGGCGUCAUCGGCGGCAGCAAGCCCAAGGUGGCCACGCCCGUGGUGGUCGCCAAGAUCGAGCAGUACAAGCGCGAGAACCCCACCAUCUUCGCCUGGGAGAUACGCGAGAGACUCAUAUCCGAAGGCGUGUGCAGCAACAACACUGCGCCCAGCGUCAGCUCCAUCAACCGGAUUCUGCGCAACCGGGCCGCCGAACGCGCCGCGGCCGAGUUCGCGCGAGCCGCCGGCUACUCCAUGUACCACCCGUACGCGGCAGCCGCGGCGGCUACGCUGCCGUGGCCGUCGCCCGCCGCCGCCGCAGCCGCUGCUGCCGCUGCGGCAGCCGGCGGACCGGCGGCCGCCGCCCUCUGGUCCCCCUUCCUCGCGGCGCCCAUGGCCGGUAACGGACCGGCGCACCACGGAUCCGGCUCGGGCGCCGGCGGCGGAAUCGGAUCCAGCUCCGCCAACUCCAGCCCGGACCCGGCGGCGCUGGCGGCGGCAUUCAGGGCCCGCACGGGCGACGACCUGGACAAGGACGGCCUGGGUGGCUGCGACGAAGGCGCCAGCUCGGACUCGGCCGACCGGCCCAAGUUCCGGCGCAACCGCACCACAUUCAGUCCCGAUCAGCUGGAGGUGCUCGAGGAGGAGUUCGAGAAGACCCACUACCCGUGCGUCAGCACCCGCGAACGCCUGGCAGCCAAGACGAACCUCUCUGAAGCACGCGUGCAGGUGUGGUUUUCCAACAGACGGGCGAAGUGGCGCCGGCACCAGCGCAUGAACCUGCUCAAGCCCGGAGCCGAAAUGCCGGCCUCGCCAAGCAGCUCGGUCCCGUCUUCGCCGGAGCCGCCCGGGCCGCCAGCCACACCGCCGCUCGCUAGCCGCCUGUCGCCGCCGCCGCCACUGCAGCCACCCUCCCGGCCGCUGGUCAUGCCACGCAUGGGCGGCGAGAACUCGGCCUUCUCCAAUCCGGCCGCUUCCCGGCAGCAGUCGGUCACGCCGGUGUCCGAGUUCGCCGGCUGACCGCACCGGUCGGCCAGGUUCAUGUACCGGUCGCCCCGAACCGAUCCCGGUGGACCACCGUGAAAAAGCUCAACCAAAUUGGGACUCUCGAUCGCGCCUCCCCCGGGGCGCAGGUUCCCAGGGUUGUGUGCAUCGCUCCCGGCUCUCCAAGGGCCGCGACCACGCUGCCCUCCUGUGUCCCGGGUACGGACACACAUCCGGUUGUGCGCGGCUCGGAGCCUGUGACUGCUUUCGGGCCAGGUCACACCGACUCAGACCAUCGGCUGCGGAAGGGAGUUCGACCGAGUGUGAUACGGCCUCCCCGUCCAGGACGAGACGACCUAACACUUCAGUGCAGUGUUCAGUGAAACGGGACAGGCGCUGACACUUCAGCCGUGUGCUGCAGACUGUGAAAGCCGUGUUGCUAUGCGGACUUUGGUUAGCCCGUGCUUCGUUCCGGACGCCGUUGAUAUAAGUGUGUGAGUGACGCCCUGUGCCACGUGGUAUGGAGACCGAAACGCCACGGUGAAUUGUGCUAUUUUGCUGCGCAGUGUCUCGAUGUCGCGCUAUGGUUCGCACCCCGUUCAAGUGGGCGGUUGGCGAGAAACGGUGUCAAGUGCGGACGCGGUGCGCAUGCUUCACUCGUGCCUGCGAAGUCUACUGUGCUGCGGACAUGCUCGCCCUAGUCCAGCAUCCCGACAUCUGUGUCUACGGCGUUCACCAAAGGCCCCUUCGUGAAAGAGAGGACACUCUUUGUGCUUGACACUCUUCGUGCUUGCUUUAUUAUUAUUUUUUCUCCACUCAAGUAGCAUUUCUGUACAGUUAUGCGCAGUGACACUGUCACUGUGCCUGCUGCGUCUGCAAAUGAGUUCUCGUGAUUGUUUGUUUUUGCAUGUGUUUCACUGUCGCGUCAAUUUCGUGACGAAUCCACGUGCUUUCUCUGGCGUGCAUUGGACAUUGAGACCGCGAGAUUAUACCCGCUCGACUACAGUGGCGACACCGUAUCCACCGGCAGACUUCUAUCACCAAGGACAGUAUUGCGGCGGCCUCAUUGCUGUGAUAGCCCAGUAGUAGCAUCGCGUCUUGCACCGAUCUCAAGGCCAGCCAUACUUAACGGCUCGGUGGCCUUAACUGUAAUUCAGUGGCAUUUGACGCCAGCUGUAACGAAUCGCGAUGGUUGCAUCUGUUUGCCGUCGAUAUUGUUUUUUAGCCAGACCGAUAUUCCGCUCGUAAUUGUACCAAGGUAAUUUUUCCGAUACGAGUUACCAAAGAGGUAUUGCAUGAAUGAGAAUCUCAAACUGUGGUCUAUCUCUUCUUUUUCUUAAGUGCUGCCUCUUGGUGCGAGUAACGUGAGAAGUUGAAAGAAAGAAGCAAUCAAGAGCUGUAAAUAUUUAUCACUUUGUCGAAUUGUUCGCAUUGUACUUCUGUUAGCCUCGUCUGCAAACGACUCGCGCUUAAGAGCGAAGGCAUCGACAACAACGGCACAUCAUCCAGAGUAUGACGUCGUGUUUAUUUGUUUGCAAAGCGUCAGUGAAAGCCGUCUCAACUACGCAAAAUUUGCUACGAAUUUCUGAGAGCCUGCAUGCGCAGAUAAAUCUGAAACAGUGCGUGUCAGACUGUUGACGUAAGAAAUUUAGCUGGUUUCGUUUUCACCCAGGCUUCGAUAUUUAUGGCAAAACACACAAGAAGAAAGGGGCUACAAAUAAGCACGCGUUCGGAGCAGUUGUUUAGGUCUACAGUAAGCCAACGUGGAUGCUGUUGAGCGUGAUUUGGAGUCGUUCAGAGAUAGCCGUGUCGCGAGUGUUGGAAGCAAUCACGAGGUGAAGUGACGCUGUGACGGUUCACGCGAGACGAGGACAAUAUAUGCGGUGCCCAUGCACGUGUGUGUUUCUUUCAGCCUCUUUGCGGCUGCUGCGAGAAUCAGAGUCCAGCCGGUGCUACUGUUUGGGCAAGGCGCGUCCAGUACUCACUACGACGACUCCGUCCAUUCAUUGUUUCACCUUGGAAUGCGUUGUCUACGCUACGAAUAAAAUAUUCUCAUCCCGAAA